AUGUGUUUUUACCUGCAGCAAGCAAUAAAGAGCGACUCCAUUGAUUCCACAAACGCUGACUCCAGAGACACCUUACACAUCCCGAGCAAACCCUGCUCCAGUGAUAAUCUUCAUCUUAAAGUACCCAGCAUUCCCCUCACCGGUGGAUCCGCCCCAUGUUCACCCCAGGCCUCACCUCCCCCUCCCCUCCGCAACAGGACAGCGAGCGUACGAACAAACAGACACAUGUACAGCCAGCGCAGCAUCCCCUGCCGACAAGCCGCGUACGAGAUACAAUCUAGAAAACCUCUAGAAAUAAUACACACACAUGCACAAACCAAACAGGAUUCGCAUGAGGUGGUCCAACUCAACACGAACGUUCCCCAAAGAAGAGCUUCUCAGCGUGUGGCACGCAACCAUAACUUGUCCCCUUAUGAACCACCCUUCUGUUCUGAAGCCCAGUCUCAAGACUCAUUACACGGUGGGGCAUCCCGCCAGCCGGGCACCAGCACUCAAUGUCUACGGAAGUACAACAGUAUGGAAAAUAAUGGCUUCCUAUCUCAACUCCACAUCCCUCGGCGUCACUCGACGCAUGGAGAAGAGUUACUGCUUCAGCAGCAGCCACCUGGACCUUCUCAAAUGCCCAAGAAGGAGAAAAUGAGCCCGCCCUGUAUCUCCAUCGACCCUCCCACCGAUGCAGAGUUUCCGUCUCCAGCGGUCAGUCAGGAGCACAGCACAGUUCUAAGACGGCGAACACCGUCCUUCGACUCCGCAUUACCACGGGAGUCCAUAGAUCUUCCUGACCUGCAGGAUGAACCUCUUUUGCCAAGUCGUUUGCCCCUCCCACAAUUCUCUUUUGACCAAUCGGAUGUAAGUUCGCUUAGCAGCCUGUCGGAACUGCUUUCGGAUAGUGACCAGUCAACGCACUCCUUCCCUUCCGAGGCGCGUUCGGGGGUGGUGGGAGACGCAGCUCAGAGUCCACUCAGGAAGAAGGUAUUGGUCAGAAUGGCCAGCACUAGGGAUCCAGGAAAUGAGGAUUCGUUUGCCUAAGCAACUGCGCAGGAAGCCACUCACGCAUUCCGCCUCUUCACAAAGCAUUUUAAUAACAGUUAGAGGCGGUGUUGGCAAAAGUAUGCAAAUGUGUUUCUGAUGGAACUGAUGUUUUUUUGCCUGAUCAUAUUGAUUAGGGAACUUUUAUUAGUGUUCAUCACACACACGGAUGUUGUGACGUUUUAUGUGAGUUCAUAUGAACAUCCAUCACAGAAACUUGUUGCAUCAUGGCAUGACCAUGCAAUUUUAACCCUCAUAUUUUGUUUGGGGUCUGAAAGGUUGAUAGUUUUAUAACUCAAAAAGUGUCAUUUAAAGUUAUCCUGUAAAGCCUGACAAAUGAAAAAAAAAGUUUACUGAACCUUUAGACAAAAUACAUAUAUAUAUAAAAAAGUUAUUGCAUAUAUUUUUGUUAAGAUUAUUUGAGGGGGCACAGUUGCUUCAGUCCAGUAAAUUUAUAAGAUAUAUAUAGAUAUAUAUAUAUGACAAUUAUUUUUAAGUUUAAUUAUAUCAGUAAAGAUUUUACAACAAAAAGACACAUGAACCACAUCCUGAAGCAGGAAGCAUUGAUGGAUUGUUUUUGUUUUUAAAUUUUGACACAAACUGUGAUCCAGCAUUUGUGCAACAGACAUGAAUGACACCACAAAUCAUGCAGAAGUGUAGUUUUGCUUUUUAAAAGAUUAGAUUUCCUUCUUGUGCUGGCAAAAAAUAACACAAUAUGUCUUGAGAAAUUAUAAAAAUCUAGUUUAUUUUAAUUUUUUAUAUGUAUGUAUUAUUAUUAUUAUUAUUAUUAUUAUUAUUAUUAUUAUUAUUAUUAUUAUUAUUAUUAAUCAUACUGGCCCCAAACAGAAACAACAUUAUUAUAUUGUAUAAUAAUUAACUGACAUGUGCAUGCCAAAUUUGUGGUAAAUCAGAGGGUUAAACUUCAGUAAUAUCUGUUUUGAUUCAGUCUGAGGAACAGAAUAAAAUAGAGUUGAAAUGAGCUAUUAUCAUGAGUUAUUAUUAGUAAGUCAAUCUCAACAGAACAUGAGGGUUAAAUGGCAGCACUAUAUUUGUCAUCUUCAAGCAAACCCUUACGUCACAUAAUUAAUUAACUUUAAAGUCAUGCCCUAACUGUAACACCCUAUUGUCUUACAGAGUAUAUGACACACAGAUAUAUUUUAGCUGAAACAUGUGCAUGUUUCAUAAUGCAGAUUGUGUAGCUGAAGAAAUGAGAUGAUUAUUGUAUAUAUGUGUGGCAUGUGAUAUUUUUGUAAAGGGUCAGAUUUUUACAUGUUGUUGGCCUUCAGGAAGAAUCGUGUUAAAGGAAUGUUCCGGGUUUAAGUUCUACAUCUGUGCUGCAGAUUAAAAUGCCCCUAUUAUGGAUUUUGGAAAAUUAUCUUUCAGUGAGUGAAAACAUCCUGCAAAGUUUUAAAUCUGAAAGUGCACCGUGUAUAAAGUUAUUGUCACUCAAAAGAAAGAGUCGACUCUGAAUCACUGAAACGAGUCGUUUUUAAAACGAAUCCC